AUGAAGGAUAGCCUCGCAGAGGGCCACCUUCUCCCAGCAUUGAAGUAUUGCCUGAAUUUCCUCAAUGAAUUGAGAACGUCUCAGCUUUCUCCCAAGGAAUACUACGAAUUGUACAUUGCGGUCUUCGAUUCCUUGGAGUAUCUUUCAACAUAUCUCAAACAAUCGCAUGAACGGAAGCAAUUGAAGAAGGAUGACCCUCCAUUCUUGGCGGAUCUCUACGAAUUGGUUCAGUACCUGGGCAACAUCGUCCCCAGGUUAUAUAUGAUGAUUGUUAUUGGAACGACGUAUAUGUCGACCAAUAGUGAAAGUACGAAGGAGAUCAUGAAGGACAUGAUUGAGAUGUGUAAGGGAGUCCAACACCCGAUCAGAGGUCUUUUUCUAAGGAACUACUUAUCGCAAAGGUCAAAGGAUCUUCUACCAAUUGAAACAGAAGAGGAUUUUGAAGACACUGUGGAUUUUCUCAUGACAAACUUCAUUGAGAUGAACAAACUUUGGGUCAGGCUUCAACAUCAAGGACACUCAAGCGAGCGGGAACUUAGAUAUAGGGAGAGGAAAGAACUAAAAGUUCUAGUUGGUUCCAACUUGGUUCGUCUUUCGCAGGCAAUAGAUGACUUCCCAACUGAGGAAAAAGAUUUUGGUGAGAAUUACUACAAAGAAACAAUUUAUCCUAUCGUCACAGAGCAAAUCAUCCAAUGCAAGGAUCAUCUUGCACAAAGUUACCUUAUAGAUGUGUUGAUCCAGAUUUUUCCAGACAACUUCCACUUUGUCACAAUUGAUGAUUUACUUAAUAAUGUGUUUUUAAAACUACACCCAGCUUUGCAAAAGUCAGAGUUGGUCUCGAAUUUGGUUGAUCGCUUUGUAACAAAUCUCAUCUACGAGUCUGAUCUAAGCGAAGCCACAAAAAAGACUGAAAAUCUUGGAAAAGGAGGCGAGUCAAGUACACCUGAACCGUAUGUCAACGUUGAGCUGGUUUUUGAAUCAUUCUGGGAAUUCUACGACAACCUCUCUCAGUUGCAACCUUCCGUUCCAUCGGAGGAGAUGUGUUUGAUUCUUCGGUCAAUGAUCAAACUCACACUCAACUUCCAACCUGAAAACUACUCCAACCUCAAUAAAAUCUUUGAAUUUGCGAUGCAAACCUUGAAGAAGCGGAAUACUGGAGACGAAGAGACCAACGACAGGUCUGAAUCGAGCUUGUGGUACGAGCUUCUUGUUGAACCUAUCAAUGAGCUGAAAUCAAUAAAGAGCUUACUUCAAUUGGAAAACUUCAAGCAACUUUACGACCAGAUCCCAGACCCACACUUCAAAAGGCAGCUUUCACUUGUUAUCAUUAACAAACUUCUUGAUCUGCCUGAGUUCGGUACCAUGAAAAGUAUCGAGGAAAUCGAUGACGUUUUCGCUUACUUUGUUGUUCUCAUUGAAGAGCAAGACUCUAAGGUAGAUACUCAGAAGGAUUUGGGUAUCAAAAAGUCCAUUAAGCUUGAAGGAGGAGAAAAGGUUGUCAGCGAAGACUUCUUGCAAAGACAAGAAAAGGUUUGCAAGUGUUUACAUUUGGUAUCCCAUGCUGAUGCUACAGAUGCUUUGUCUAGCCUUUUUUACAUCAAAAAGAAAUUCUUGAGCAGAUGUCCCGAAAACAUCAUCUACACUUAUCCAACUUUGAUUUCCAUGAUAACUAACCUUUUGCGUCUUGCAGGAUACAAGAAUGCAAGGAGAAGAUCAAAGGACCCAGAAGCUAGAGCCCAACUAGACCAGCUGGUUACCUACAACUUCAAGAAUUUGUCAGUGGUUAUCGAGGAACUUUAUCAGCAUCAUCAAACGUACUACUCGGAUUUGGUUCUCAAGUUGUACCUCAAUGCGGCCACUAUAGCAGACCAAUUGCAACAAGAAACCGUUGCAUAUGAGCUUUUUCAUCAAAGUUUCGUCAUCUACGAGGAGAAUCUCUCUGUCAGCAAACCCGUGAAAAAUGCACCAAGUCCCCAAGACCCGAUGGGUGGAUCAGUCUCAUAUCAGCUGGUUUUAGCUAUUGCAAAUGCUUUGGCGAAUCUGCGCUAUUUCAGUAAGGAAAACUACGAGUCAUUAAUUACCAAGGUCACUCUCUAUGGCUCCAAGUUGCUUAAGAAGCAGGAUCAGUGCCGUGCCAUCUAUAACUGCGCUCAUUUGUGGUGGUGGUGCGACUCGUUGAUCGAGGGGCAGUCACCCACAGUUAUUGUCGAGGAUGGCACGGAUGAUGCACAAGCUGCUAAAGAUGCCAACGGGGAAGGGAAUCAGGAGCAGGAGAAUAAAAAUGGUGAAAGCGAGAAAGACGACGAUCAUUCUGAUGCCGAGAUCGAGACACAGCUCUACAGAGAUGGCAAAAGGGUUCUUGAAUGUCUUCAGAAAGCACUCCGUGUUGCCGACUCGAGCAUGGAUCCUUUCCUCCUGUUGAAGCUUUUCGUCGAAAUCCUCAAUCGCUGCAUCGUCUUUAACAUCUACGGUAAUUGGUACAUUGACGCGCGGUACAUCAACGGGCUUAUCGACUUGAUUCGCAAUAAUUUAGCCAACCUCCAAGGUCAAGAUUCUUCCCGCACAGAAGAUGACAGAGAGACGAGGCUCUAUCGCUUGAUUGAAGUCUAUUUUGAUCGUACCUUGGAGCAUGUUGCCGACCAGCAGCAGAGCGAGGGACGCCUCGAGGGAGUUGUUGUAUAUAAGCAUCUUGCCCGUGAUAGUUCCGUGUGGAAUAGGCUUAUAUAUGGCCUGUCCCGGGUCCCACUCAAUGUGGACCACGAACAAUCGAUUUCGGAGAAAGAGGUGGAAAAGGACGAGAAGAAGCCAAUGAAUUUCAGACUUGUUGUUUUAUAUGCCUGGAUGGCAAUUACAACGGUGUUUGCGUUGUACGAGGUGCUGAAGUUUUCUCUUCCCUCCAGCCUCAACCCAAGCCUCAUAUCAGGUGCCAAUGGCAUAUCAAAGCCGAAGGUCGGUCUUAGUUCUAAGGCUGGUGUUUUGUUUGCCAACAAGGAACCUUCAAACGAGAUCAUUGAGGUCUCCUAUCCCUUCGUUCCUAGCGAGAGAUAUGGGCAGUCAUUGCACACCCAACUCUUGGUGAAUGACACUUUCGACCUGUGGGGGCACCCACUGUUUACCCAAUACUCUCCACCAGAUGUCGAAUUCAAUAGAGUGGUUUUGACAUUACAUGUGAAUAUCACUGGUAUUCAAUAUGAUAGAUUGGGCCAUCUCUUUGUUGGCGGCGCAGAAGUGUGGAGAACCAGUACCAUUGAGCCAGGCGGAUCACUUGUCUUCUCUGUUUUCAGUAAAGACGUUUCGAAGUAUCUUGCUCUCUUCAAGGAAGAAAGCGAUGUCUUAUUCCAAUUGGAUAAUGUUGUCACUGACCGCUACACUGGAAAGCCUCACGUCGAAUUGUAUGCUGACUACUACUAUGACGCAACCGCCGCUUCAGAUGCAGAGUUUGGCCAGGUGCUUGUGAACGCUGCUUCCUCUGAUCCCAGAUACCAGUAUUUCGACAUUAGAAAGCCUGCUGAUAAGGUAUACCCAUUGAUAAAGGAGAAAGAUCCCAAGACACCCCCUAUCACGACGCUUUCCGGGGAGGAACGCCUCACCAUCCAGUUACCCCAGGUUUCAAAAAACACAACAAGGUUGCAGUUGGAUAUCUUUGCCAGUGGAAAUGGAGACGAGGAAUUCUGGUACACCAACGUGUUGGACAAGUACAAGGACGUUUUUGGAUCUGACGACGGUUUGUUAGGACAUGGUCCCUUGCGAAUCGUUAAUGUAUUCUUUGAUGGCGAAAAGAUUGCUUCACAAACUCAACAGCCAUUCAUUUUCACGGGUGGUAUCUCGCCUUCUUUCUGGUCGCCUAUCGUUGCAAUUAAUGCUUUUGACCUUCCCAGCAUCAAUGUUGAUGUCUCUGGAUUAUUACCGUUAUUAUGGGAAGGAGGCAACCAUACUAUAUCUUUUGAUGUUAGUAAUGGGCUCGAUGAAGUGGAUGGAGGUCACUCUGGUGUUGGCAAUGGCUGGAUUACUGGUGUCAACUUGUUGACCUACGAAAACAAGGAUGUGGUUCAAGCAACGGGCCAGAUCUUGCACAUCGGUAACAGAACAAGAGGAAACCUGAUCUCCUUUGGACGCAAGACUUUUUUGCUGCAAAUCGUAAACGGUAUUUUGGAUAGUCAAUUGACCAGUGAACUCACAUUGCAGCUUGCCAACGGCCAAGAGUUGAGUACUGUGGCCAGUCUGUUCAGCAAGGGAGAGAUUUCAAACGUUCAGCAGUAUCUCAACCUGGGAAACAAGCAAACUGUUGUCCACACUGGCCAUAAUGCUAAGUCGUUCAUUCUUCUGAACAAGUAUGACCUUGAGGACAGAAUCCACCAAACCAAUGUCUCUUUGAGUUAUCCAUUGGUGCUCGACUACAACCAGAAUGGUACUAAUAAUGCUUAUGACUUGGACGUUUCCAUCGUUUAUUCUGUCGCCACGACAUUGGAUAUUGAUGACCACAGAGUCAUGGCGAGUGCCAUUGGACAAAAUGCAACUUCCGUAUUUUACUUGAGACCAAGUGGUAAUCAUGGAGACGCAAAAAUGACUACUAGAUAUAGCAUUCAGGUGAGUGGACCCACCAAAGACUUUACUUAUAAGCGGAGAGUUGACGCUGAUCACGGAAGUAUCACCUAUGAUCAAGACAAUUAUGAGGAGAACACCAGCGAUUGGUCUGAGAUCGACCAGCUUAUCGAGGAGUUGGCCAGCAUCAAUGGAACUGACCAUGGUCCACUCCCCGAACUUCCAACUGUAUGGUAA